AUGACAGCUAAUGGUCGGUAUUUAGGAAUUAAAGAAAGGGACGGCAAAUUUAUUUUACCUUACCGACUGUUUAUUAACUGUGCUCCAGGUGCUCUCUAUUACUGUUGGCAAUUUGAGUUUAUUUUUGUCAAGUUAGAAAUUAGCACUCAAGGUAAUUUUCAAGAUUAUACAAACCCGAUGAGAUUUAUGCAAGGGUUUAAUUUUAAAAUAGAAGGUGGCAUUCUAGGAACUGGCAAAAGUGAAGCAAACGAAGACCCGAAAGCCGAACAAGAAGCCCAAACCGAGAGAAUGUUUAAAAACACUUUUCGGAAUUUUCACGAUAAAUCAGUCGAGCCAGCUAUGUUUAAUGCUAACACGAUUGAUUUUAAUUAUUCGUUAGGAGAGUUUUAUAAUCGAUUAACCAAUCCGGUCUUUUUUUACCGGUGUGAAAUUAUUGAAGAGAGUUGGGAAGUUGAACCCAAAAACCGGGAUUAUGAAAAUGAAGUAAUCCAAGCCGAAGAAGAAAUUACCGAAACCAGAGAAGAAAUAAGAGAAACUUUAUUGACAGCCGAUAUGACUAAUGCUGAUUAUUCUAUUCAGGAUUAUAUCGGCAGCCAAGAUGCUAAUAUUUGA